CAGGAGGAAGGCAGGGGAUAGGUUGGUGGGCUGUGUCUGUGUUGAUGCUGGGAUGGGGAACAGAGCAGAGUGUUCGUAGGGGAUAGAGAGAGAGGCUGAGGUUUGGUUGGCUCCAACACACAGACACAGUCAGACAAAGAGGAGCAGCAUCCUACAGGACCAGGGUCCCGGGGGAUGGGGCAUCACACUCCCGCAGCGCGCUGGGGGGGCCAGAGGAGGUUCAGGAGAGCUUGUCCAAAGGGCAGCAGGGGAAGGGCCAAACGAGGAGAGGGCACCAUGGACAGUGAACAUGUGCCUCCAGCCUCCAGUGCCAGCAGCACUGGGACCACUGCCUCCAGCACAAGUACCACCAGCAGCAGCAGUGCGGGGAGGCAGGCUGUGCCUCACAUCUCUGUGUACAGCGGGAUUCCUGACAGGCAGACGGUUCAGGUAAACUUCAGGGUGAUCCAGCAGGCGUUGCACCGGCAGCCCAACACGGCUGCGCAGUACCUGCAACAGAUGUACGCAGCGCAGCAGCAGCACCUCAUGCUGCAGACAGCAGCACUCCAGCAGCAGCACCUGAGCAAUGCACAGCUCCAGAACCUGGCCGCCGUACAGCAGGCCAGUAUUGCGGCAGGAAGGCAGAGCUCCACCCAAAAUGCCACUUCGUCCCAGCAAACAGGAUCAUCCCAGACCACAGUGAGUGCAAUUAACCUGACCACGUCCCCGGCUGCAGCCCAGCUGAUCAGUAGAGCCCAGAGUGUCAGCUCUGCACCCGCCGGCAGCAUCUCCCAGCAGGCCGUAAUCCUGGGAAGCCCGUCCAGCCCCACCACCCUCACUGCCAGUCAGGCUCAUAUGUACCUGCGUGCACAGAUGGCACAGCAAAGUAACCUUGUGCAAGUAGCUAGGAGCCUAGGCCGUGCUGUUCCGUUGUCCCCCCAGCUCAUCUUCACACCUACGGCCACAGUGGCUGCAGUCCAGUCUGAGAGCUCCACGCGGUCCUCUGGACAACAGUCCUCCUCACAGGUCCAGAACCUGGCUAUCCGUAGCCAGCAAGGGGCGACCACGUCCUCCUCUCAGACACACAGCUUGCAGGCCCUCAGCCUAAAGCAGAGCCCUAUCUCCAUCCAGCCCUCUCCCCUGAUUAAGAACCCCAUCCAGGGGAGCCAGGGCGCUGGGGGGAAAGGCAGUCGGCCCGACGGUGCCUUGGACGGGAGCAAGAAGGGAGAGAGCAUAGUGACGGAGGUGCACGCUAUAAACAUGAGUCGCAGUGUCACGGCUGUUAGUGGACAGCCUCUCAGCACUCCAGCAUACACCCAGAUCCAGCCCCACUCCCUGGUCCAGCAGCACAAACAGCAGCAGUUUGUGAUCCAGCAGACCCAGGCUUCCCAGAGGACCCAGGGCCAGCUACUGCAAACUGCCUCCAUCCAGCCACACCUGCAGACUACCUCUCUGGUCCCCCAUUCUCCCAGCCAGCCAGGCCCUAUCCCUGUGCUGCCCAAACCCACCUCUCACCACCAACCCACUACACCCAGUCAGCAGGCAACCAUCUUUCACUCAACCAUCAGCCCACAUGCUCUCCACUCCAACCUGAGCCAAGCCAAAGCCCAGCCAGUACAACUCACAGCCAUUAACCUCCAGAUACAACCAGCGCCCUCACAGGCUUCCCGAUUGGUCCAGGACAGUAAAGGGCAGGACAAGCCCACGUCAUUGGUGGUCAGAGAGCGCUGCCCAACUACCAGAGUACAGCAGCAGUGUACCCCAUCUGCCCAGUCUCCACCACAAGCCACCAAGCCAACAGAGCAGCCAAAGACUGACCCGGUCACACCCAUCAGCCAACCACAAGGAGUCACUACUACCAACAGGGUGAAUGCUGCACCUGGGACUCCACCUCCAGCCAUGACCUCGGGAAAUGAGAACGAGGCGCCCACUCUGACAGGGAGCAUCCCACAGAAUGGGGAGAACAAGCCACCCCAGGCUAUCGUCAAGCCCCAGGUCCUCACCCACGUCAUUGAGGGCUUUGUCAUCCAGGAGGGAGCUGAACCCUUCCCUAUUGAGCGGUUGCCUGUGAUGAUGGACAGCCCAAAGAAGCUGCAUGAGCAGCUCUCCUCUGACCCCGACAAGACUCCUGUUAGUAACCCCACCAACACCACAGACUCUGAGACAGAGGAGCUGACCACUCAAGAAUUAAAAGACCAAGAGGAUUCAGAUUCUCCCAAACUGAGCUGUGAAUUCUGUGGCUGGGUGGACUUUGCCUACAAAUUCAAGGGGUCAAAACGGUUUUGUUCCAUGGUGUGUGCAAAAAGGUAUAAUGUUGGUUGCAGGAAGCGGAUAGGCCUUUUCCAUCCAGAAAGGAGCAAAACAUCCAACCGCUGGCACAGAAGGUCACACAACAGCGGCCACCAAAGUAUCGAUUCUAAGAAGCAGAAGCUGUCCCCUAUGCCUCAGCAGACCCAGGGGGGUUCAGUGUCCUCCCCAAUUCCCUCCCAACCCAGCCAGGAAGAGUCCAGCCCCUGCUCUGACAUGUCCAGCUAUGAGGAGCCUCCGUCGCCCCUGUCAGCAGCCAGCUCAGGGCCCCCAGCACCCCAGGCGGUGUCACUCCUGGCAGGGAGAGGCUCGGACCAGGAGUCCCCCCGGAGCCGAGAGCUGCCUCUCCUCACUCAGCACUUCCUGCCCAACGACCCCACCAAGUGGAAUGUGGAGGAAGUAUACAAGUUCAUUCUCUCCCUUCCAGGCUGCCAGGAGAUAGCAGAUGAGUUCCGCACUCAGGAGAUAGAUGGGCAGGCCAUGCUCCUACUGAAAGAGGACCACCUUAUGAGUGCCAUGAACAUUAAACUGGGCCCUGCACUUAAGAUCUACGCAAGCAUCAACAUGCUCAAAGACUCUUAGCCAUGAUGGAUCGAUAUGGUGCUGAUGUGUGUGCAUUUGUGUGUAUGUCUGUGUGCGUGUUAGUCUGUGUUUGGUGGGAAGGAGUCAUACUCUGGGACAAGAUUAAACAUGUCGCCAUCGCACUGAUGACUACCUUACCUCUGCACUACCAUUUUUCAUCCCACCUUUGGAUUGGCUCCUUCAUGGUACAUUUAUCCAUGGCCUGCAGACAGGUGGACAACUGAUCAUUCCAUUGGUUGUCAAGGAGAAGUUUCCAGGGAAAUACUUUAAUGGACUGACUGCGUUAGAGUAAUGGCACAAAUAGUGCUAAAAGCACUGCAAGGAUAUAUUUGAGCUUGUAGGAAAAGAUGUGAAAAUGUGGGUAUAUCUGCAUUACUUUCUUCUGAAGUAUAAUUGUGAUUUUUAAUUAUCAUUGUGGUAUGUUUUAUUUUGGUGCUGAUCUGAUGUUAUUGACAGCCGUACGUGUACAGUAUGUUUGUCAGGGAACAAAUGAAAGCCAGUCACCAGUUUGAGUCUUAUACAACAGAUGCUUAGCUCCAUUUCAUAAUGAUCAGCAACUAUACACUGCAUGGCAUUUCACUGUGCUCAGAGCAGUUUACGCUGUUACUUUGUGACAUUGAUACUUUCUCUGUACAUUUUACGGGCUUAGAGAGACGAUCUUCUUUCCAAAUGCGAUUUACCAAGAUGCCAUGCCUUUAUUUAUUCCUGGGUCAGAUUUCACAUCCUGUGAGGUCUUCUAUGACUGUAGGGUUGACCCAUGCUAUCUAUGGGUUGACCACAAGGCUGAAAAGAUGCUUAACUCAAUGAACUCACUGUGGAUGUUCACCAUCAUACCUCUUUUAUUCCACUAGCACUUAAAAUGAUUGGUUCUCUUCUCCAUAGUUUAAAUUAAUACAACCAACAUUACUUGAUUGGGUUUGAAAUUCAAAUAUUUGGUUUGGUGAGUUGUCAAGAUCUGUCUAAAGCUACCUUUAAGGAAUUUGCUUUUAAGUUAUCCAUAAUGUUUUAUAUAAAAAUUUUUAAGUAUUUUGAAAUAUGCAAACAUGUAAAUAUCAUGGCUUGGGGAAGGUGUCUUUUUAGUGUUUUUAUAAAAAAAAUAUUGUAUGCUUGUCAUGUGAUGAAUGGUCAAUUGUGUUUUUAAUUGUUUGAGAUGAUGCGUUGUCAAAUGCCUGUAUUUAUCGAAGUACUGAAUUUGUUACACAACAUUUUUCAAUGAUAAAUCUGCAACAUAA